UGGAAACAGCCGAGUACCAUCUAUUGCAAAGUCUCACCUGAUGGCUGCUUCGAGGACCUGGAUGAAUUGGAGAAGCCUUCCUUCUCUUCUACAUCGCUAACGACGACCAGAGACUAAGGCAUCUCACGCUGCAACGAGCAAAGGCUCUCAUUCCUAAUAACCACUUCCUCGAAGAAAUACUACAGAAAUCCGCUCAUUUCAACAAGUUCAGCGUCGGAUUAGGGAGCAGCGCCGGGGCCCAACUGGAGGCUUCUUUUUGUAGGGAUUAUCGGGGAGAUAAUGCUCAAAUCUUUCCGCAAGCACUUGGUGUUUACGACGAGAUACAUAAUAGCACCCUAUAUUACGGACGCAGCAUUCCCAUUUUGCAAUCAAAUGGAACGGGAAAAUCACGCCUGGUAGCAGAAGUGUUGAAAAACGUGUGUCGCAAUCAACCCAUCUCUCCAGCUGGGCUCUGCUGAUCGAGUAUUUAGUAUAUUUGAUUAAUAGAGGCCAAGGCAAUGAUCCCGUUAGGAUGGCCGCUGCCCUUAUCGGGGCACUUUUUAAACAGGUCUACGAACGCCUUGGUCGUAAUCCAAAUGACGAUCUUGAGACGCAAAUGUGUGCCUGGUCAUGACAACUUGCAAAUGAGAUCGAUAAAUGGCAUAAGGAGCUGUGCCGACACUUUUGCUUGAAAGCGACGAAGAAUCUGGCGAUUGAUCUUCA